AUGCCACCGAGUCCGGGGCUUGACGUCUGGGCCGUGAGUGGAAUCAGCUGGCGACCAGCAUGGCCGAGCCAGGAAAACCCCAACGGAACCCCAACUAGGGACAAACAAAGGGAGGUCAAAAAACAGGCCAGGUCAUACACGGAGAAGCAGAUCAUAAGGCAGCGGUACAUGGGGGACAGGGUUGCAGGGGGUGCUGGAGCCUAUCCCAGCUACCUAAGGGCGAAGAAUGUGUCGACGCCUGUCAGAUAUCGAGACUCUUACAGCACAGCUGUGGCUAAAAAUGUGACAGUUGUGGCUCUUGGGCUUAUAAUCAACUACAUCAAUGGAUCCCUGGUUCACACCUUCACAAAACACCAGAUAUUUUACAUGAAUCCUCGAUACAUCCUGUUCAUCCACCUGGUGGUCAAUGAUAUGAUUCAACUCACCUCAUCAGUCAACCUAUUUGUUCUAAGUUACAUUUUCUACAAAAUUAAUGCUUCCCUCUGUUGUGUGUUCAUGACCUUUCUUGUUUUUACCACAUAUAACUCUCCACUAAAUCUAGCCGUCAUGGCAGUGGAGUGCUAUAUUGCCAUUUGUUUACCACUGCGACAUGCAGAGCUCUGCACUGUUAAGAGAACAUAUAUUCUGAUUGGCUGGAUCUGGGUAUUGAGCGUAGUGACAACCCUACCUGAUGUGUUUCUCAUUCUGGCAACAGAGCCUAUACAGUCUUUCUUCUCUACAAUUGUCUGUGCACGAAAUAACGUGUUUCGACAUCCAUUUAGUAUUUUAAAGAGAGAUUUAUCAGAUAUAAUUUACUUGGUUUGUGUUUGGUUCACCCUCUUUUACACUUAUUUCCAAAUAUUUUUUGCUGCCAAAGCAGCUAAAUCAGCUGAAGGAGAUGCAAAGAAGGCCAGAAACACCAUCCUGCUUCAUAGUUUUCAGUUAAUGUUGUGUAUGCUGACCUAUGUCUUCCACCCAAUACAAAAGGCUCUGUUGUAUUUGUUCCCUAAAAAUAGUAUAAAUAUUAUCUUUUCUUGCUAUAUCAUCUCUCAGAUCCUCCCCAGGUUUGUCAGCCCUAUUGUAUACGGAAUACGAGACAGGACAUUUAGACAGCACUUGAAAAAACAUCUGCUAUGGACUGUGAGACAAAGCAUUUAA